AUGGCAAGAUCUCGUGGAAGGCAUUUGCUCUGCUGGAGUGUCGUCGGCCUCGCCGCCGUCGCAGCCACCGCCUUUGUCACACCGCUCCAGCAUGCGCCCUCGACAAGCGCGGGUCAAGGUCUUUUGGGGCAUCGCGCGGCGUGGCGCGCGGAGGCCCCCCGGCAGGCUCAGGAUUCCGGGCGGUCCUUGGCUGCUCCCUUGUGUCUGCUGCUCCUAGCCUAUGCGGCACGCAGCGCCACUCGCCAACCUGCAAAAGGCUGCACCAAGCCCGCUGUAGUGAUGCUCUCGGCGCCCGCUGACUUGUCGCCAGCUCCAGAAUCGUCGGUACACAUCUGUACUCCGAGCUGCAGCCAUCACGUGGGACAAGCUCCGGCGCCCCAGGUGGAGACGGUACCGCCUCCGCCGACAAUGCAAUUGACGAGCAACGGAGCACAUCGCGGAUCGGCUAGGGCCGGGCCUUCGCAACUCGACCUCGGUGCCGCUUUCAGCGCCGGCACUUGCAAUUGCGAUGCCUGCAGCCCUGAAGGAGUCGACUCCGUGAUGCCCGCCGUGCCGGAGGCAGCUCCCGCUGUUGCAACAGCUGCUCCUACAGCUGCUCAG